GCGGAGAUAUCAGGAAAAAAAACCCAGCCGGAGCUGAGGGGGCAAGAAUACUACAAAGCGAUAAAUUAUAUUGAGAAAAUAAAAGACAAGACAUUCCUGCCCGCCCGCCCGCCGGCCCGCCAGCCCCACCGCGCCGGGACAGUCGAGGCAGGGCGGCCUGUGAUGGAGGAUAAGAAAGAGGAGCGCGAGACGGAGAUCCAGGAGCACUGCCCCGAGCACUGGUUCUCCAAGUGGGAGCGGCAGUGCCUGGCCGAGAGCGAACAGCAGCAGCAGGCCGAGGCCGACAGGGCGUCGCUGGAGCAGGAGCAGAGCCAGCAGAAGCUGUGGCACCUCUUCCAGAACUCGGCCACCGCCGUGGCCCAGCUCUACAAAGAUCGAGUCUGUCAGCAACAAGGGCUGUCACUCUGGGUCCCAUUUCAAAAUGCCGCCUCGGCUGUCACCAAUGUGUACAAAGAAAGUAUUGAAGCUCAACGCAGAAGUUAUGAUUUAGGAAUUCAGAUCGGUUAUCAACGACGUAAUAAGGAUGUGUUAGCUUGGGUAAAAAAGCGGAGACGAACCAUUCGAAGAGAAGAUUUAAUCAGCUUUUUAUGCGGAAAAGCACCACCUCCACGCAAUACCAGAGCCCCCCCUAGACUGACAGUUGUAACCUCUCCCACCAGAGCACCCACAACAGAAACUAGCUCAUCUGUAGAGACGGACUUACAGCCUUUCCGUGAAGCCAUUGCACUACAUGGCCUUAGUGGAGCAAUGGCUAGUAUAAGUGUACGCUCAAGUACUCCAGGGUCUCCCACUCAUGUAAGUGGUAGCUCUAACUCUUCUCGCAGGAGAAAUGGACUCCACGAUGUGGAUUUGAACACUUUCAUAUCAGAAGAAAUGGCACUCCAUUUGGACAAUGGUGGCACUAGGAAGCGUUCCUCAGCCCAGUGUACUGAUGUGAUCACUGAUUCCCCUACGCACAAACGCAAUCGAAUGCUUUGAACUUUUAUAUUGUCACCAUGCUACUUGAAAGCCACUUGAUACUCGACACUUUCUUGAAUGGAAAUGGAGGGCCAUCGUAACUAGUUUGAUUGUGAAAGUACAAGUGAAUUCAAUAAUGAUUGCCAUAAAGGAAGUUCUAACUAAUGCAGUAGCUGCCUCUUGUAAUUAUGGCUUUCCCUGUACUGGUCUUGUGACAGAGGACAUUUGAUCAUUUGUGUAGUAGUUAGCAAGAUCAUCAUAGGUAAACACAUUAGGUUCCAAGCUAAAGUGACCUUAACUUUUAUCUAUUCAAGGGAAGGGUGAUUUGGAUGUUAAUUUGGUUAACAUGUUAAUUGCCCUUUUUUUAUUUUCUGCUGUGUUGACUGCUUGACCAGUUGCCAAUAUAUCACUGAUAUUGUCUAUGUUAAAAUGGCAUCCUCUGUCAAAUCUGCCGACUUCCAUUUUAAAGUGCUGUACUAAGACACAAGUUCGUAUAGUGCAAGUACAUGCGUUGUAUCAAUAUUGGAUUACUUUUAGUUAGACUCACGCAGCUGCUAAUUCUGUCAACUGUGGAAAUGGUGCUAUGAUGGUCAUGCAAUGAAUAUCAAAAAAUCAACAAAGAUCUUUAUUGGAUUCACUUCUUGUGUUUGUGUUGCAAAAAAUACAAAAAUACUAUUGACUUUUCCAUAAAUUCUAAAAUACUCUUGUUAUGUUUAAAUAUAUAAAUAUAUAUAAAUAUAUGUAAUGUGUAUAUACUAAGCAUUUGAAUGCUGGUAUGAUACUCGUUCUACAUAAUGUAAAUAAAAUGUGCACACCAAACCCUGGAGUGGAUAUCCAAAAUCAGAA